UGGCUGUUUCCUGAGUAGAGAGUGGAAGAUGGGAGCUCCUGUGGGGAGCUGGGCUUUGCUCCUCUUAGUCACUGGUGCUUGGGCUCAAAAUGCUUCAGUGUCAGUGGUGUGUGGCAGCUCGCGGCUUCAGAUCACGGUGCUGGUGGAUCUCUUUGGGAACGGCGUGACUGUCUCUGCCAGGGAGCUGACACUGGGGGCUGGCUGUGCCGUGACUGCUGUUGAGCCAGAUAGAUUCCAGCUAGAACACCUGCUAUCGGCAUGUGGGGCCACCAUGGAGCUCCUCCCUGACACCAUCCACUACAGAAACUUCCUUUACUACAGACCUUCUGCCAUGGGGGGUGUGAUCCGAGCCAGCGCCUUCUCCCUCCCCAUAGACUGCUUCUACCCCAGGACUGGGAAUGUCUCUUCCUUGGGCCUCCAACCCACCUGGAUCCCCUUCAGCUCCACUCUAAUGCACAGACGGCGUCUGGACUUUGCCCUGGAUGUAUAUGACAGUACCUGGUCAUCCCCCCUGUCUGACCCCACUUACUACCUUGGUGACCUGAUAAACAUCCAGGCAUCAGUGAGAACUGGCAGCCAUGCACCUCUGAGGAUCUACGUGGAUGAAUGUGUGGCCCGGCCAAGUGCAGAGUCUUCCAUGAAAUAUGAGGUCAUCACAGACCAUGGGUGCCUUGUGGAUGGGCAGCACAGCCGCUCCCACUUCCUUGCCCCACGAGGAGACCAGUUCCUCCGUUUCCAGCUGGACACAUUUGUCUUCUCCGGUGCUUCCAACAGCCAGAUCUACCUCCUGUGCCACCUGAAGGCAGUGGCUGCCGGCCCUGCCGACCAGCACAACAAGGCCUGCUCCUAUGAUCCAGCCACUGCAGCCUGGCACUCCCAUGACGGAGGAGACUGCUCCUGCUGUGCUUCCCCUGCUGGCUGUGGGAGCAGGAGGCGGCGCCGGCAUCUGCCUCAGGAAAGGGAAGGGCUCCUUGGAGAAGCAGACCUCCAGCUCGGCCCUAUCAAGCUGGCCUCCAAUUCCUCCACUACACUGGGCUCCAGAUCCCUAACAUUGGCUUCUACAGAGCCCACCUCUGCCAUGGCAGGGGCUGUUGAGCUCUCUUACACUGUGCCCAUCUCUGGCACCCCUAAAGCCAUCCACCCUGUCCUGUUCUCUCCCAAUCGGGCCAUGAACCCCAUCGUGAGAGGGGACAUGAAGGAGUCCUCAGGGCUGCAACUCUCCUUCUCUGUCACCACCCUGGCCAUCGCAGUGCUGUGCUCACUCUUUGUCUUCCUGGGAAUCCUGGGUUGCUACUGCUCCACCAAGCGCUACCACAGAGGAUACCGGAUGGGUGCCAUUGAUGCUGCCUUGGGGGAGUCCGGUGCUGUUGCCAUGGCACCCACAGCCUCUGGGGACUCCAAUGUAGCCUCUAAGAAACCUGGUGCUGUGGUGGCUGCAGCCUGUGGGGAGUCUGGCUCUGUAUGAAACUCUAGUUGCCUCUUAAAAAUAAAAUAAACCAGUCAGUCAA